GUGUUUACAAGCUUCCAUCAACCACGACAUCGCCCUCAGGAACCCCCACACAACCUUUCUCGCCCAUCUCUCAGCUGCUGCAGUUCCCCAUGCAGUCUUCCUAGACCGAAAGUCACCGCCGUGUCUGGUAUUGCGACCGCGCUUGAAAGAGCAGUCGGGCAGCAAAGAUGUCUUUCCCCGGAAUGCAAACCCCCCAGCGGCCUUUGCCUGGCGCAUACUUCAAUACACCUGCAGCAUCUAGAUUCCCGACUGGAGCUCCCAUCCGACAACCAAUGUUCCAACCACAAGGUACCAGACAGCCUGCUGCUCCUAGUGGAGACCCUUCACAGCCUGUCUCUCAAUCGCGUGAAGUCCCCCCUCCACAAGCUCAGCGACCUAUUCAACGAGCGGCUCGAACAAUUAAUGAGGUGUUACAACGAGAAGCAAGUUUCCCCGAUCUUGAUAGCUAUGUCAGACAAGGCAUUUCUUCCGACUAUGAUCUCCCAAAUAAUACCAGCGAGGCUGCAUGGUCACCUUUCCAGCGAACAAAGAUGUACGAUAUCCCAGACAAGAUCUUCGAGCAAUACAAUAAGUCUCAGGUAUCGACCAUGAUGGGGCUGUUCGCGGAUCUGAACCAUGCUUGGGUUACGAUUGAUAGCGCGCUGUAUCUCUGGGACUACACGAAUCCAAAUCCAGAUAUUAUUGGGUACGAGGAGCAGAACAACACUAUCAACGCUGUGAAGCUUGUUAUUCCGAGGGCUGGGGUGUUCGUGAAAGAGAUUACACAUCUUUUGGUGGUUGCGACUGUGAGCGAGAUGAUUCUGCUAGGCGUGGCGUCGAAGUUGGAAACUACCACGAGUCCUGGCUCGAAGCUGGAAACUCCUGGUAUUCGGACGGUAUCGCUUUACUCGACGAAGAUGUCAAUUUCCAUCCGAGGCAUCAACGUCGAAUGUAUCGCUGGUUCGGCAGCAACUGGGCGCAUUUUCUUCUCAGGAAAAGACGCCAACGAGAUUCACGAGCUCACAUAUCAACAAGAGGAGAAGUGGUUUGCGAGCAGAUGUGGGAGGAUCAAUCACACGAGUCCGGGCUACACAUCUCUUGUCCCUCAGAUAUGGGGCAGCAGAACUCAAGAACACGUCAUACAAAUGGUGGUGGAUGAUACUAGACGACUUCUUUACACCCUUUCCUCCGAAUCUUGCAUACGAACUUUCCACAUGGACUCACCAACCACCCUCCAACAAGUUAUCGAGAAGAAGAGGCAAGAAUGUUUGAGGGACAUCAGUCACAUGAUCUCGCAAUCAAGUCUUCUUACCAACACCAUGAGAAUCUGCUCUAUCAACCCGAUUUCUGCAAAAGAAGGCUCAAAGCUACAUCUCAUGGCUACGACUACCACCGGCUGCCGAUUGUUCUUGAGCGCGACUCGAGGUUAUGGAUAUCUGACUGGCCAAGGCGCACCUCAGAGCAUGCAGGUACAGCACAUCAAGUUCCCGCCCCGACUGGAACCCAGGCCACCUGGACAGCAACUGCAAGCAUACCCAGGCACCGAGCCAACCACUGAAACCGGCUCACUCGCUCUUGCUUUCACUAAACAGGGCCUCCGCUUCCCACCUGGUUUCUUCUUCUGCUUUGUCACAAAGAACGACAAUUCCGGACGAGACUCACUCUUCCUCGCUGGCCCGGACACUGGCAGAAUUGCAGCGCGAGUCCAAGAUCUAGCUGCACAGGGGGGCACAAAAUACUUCGAACAAGCCUGCUGGAUUUCUUUGAACAGUACCGCUGAGGACGUUGGCCUAGUCACGAAACCGUUUGCAGCCGCAGCGCAACCACUGGGAUUCGGGAAUGAGCUUGCUGUCCAAUAUGACGAGCCGCCAACCGAAGUUGCUAUUCUGACCAAUAAUGGCAUUCACAUUAUCAGACGAAGAAGACUGGUGGAUAUAUUCGCUGCUGCGAUCCGUAAUCAAGGUGGUGAUGAAGCCCUUGAAGUUGAGAUCAAGAAGUUCAUUCGACAUUACGGCCGGGGUGAAACAACUGCAACUGCUCUGGCUGUUGCUUGUGGGCAAGGCAAUGAUGUAACUCCUGGCGACCCGAGACUGGCCCGAGCCAGCGACCCUGAGACAUUGGAGUUGGCUCGAAAGUGCUUUGUAGAAUUCGGAGGACGACCAUCACUGAAUGAGAACAUGGUGUCCGAGGGUCCAUCACAGGCUGUUGACAAUGUGCGACCAUCUUCACGGCACGAAGGACUGGCACUCUAUAUGGCGCGAUUGGUCCGAUCGCUCUGGAAGGCAUCCGUCAUCACACAAGUAGUGCCACCAAAGGAUGGGGGGCCGAUGAAGAUCAAGUCGACGGUUACUCUGCUAAAACUGACGAGUGUGCAAGAUGACUUGACGAAGUUGGCGACAUUUCUGGAGAAGAACAAGUCAUUCAUCGAAGGGCUUGCUGGACCGGAAGGUCUUCAACGCGUUGCCAGCCAACAGGAGGAAAUUGCUCUCCAGGGCGAACAUCAAGCUCUCCACUCCCUCCAGAAGUUGAACUCAAGCAUCAUCGAAGGUAUCUCAUUCGUUCAGAUGCUCUUUGACGAGCGAAUAGACGAGAUCUGGACUUCUCUUGAUGAUUCUGUCAAGCAGCGACUUCGUGAAUUAACAUACGAACUUCUCUUCUCUUCCAGCCAGGGCAAAGAUCUCGCCAAGCUGUUGGUCAAGGCCAUUGUCAAUCGAAAUAUUGCCCGAGGAGCGAGUGUUGACGUCGUCGCGGAUGCACUCAGGCGCCGAUGUGGUAGCUUCUGCAGCGCUGGCGAUGCCAUCAUCUUCAAGGCUCAAGAGCUCCUGAACAAGGCUGCGGAAGCUGGCGGGAACAGUGACGGGGGACGCACCCAUCUCAAUGAAAGUCUUCGACUCUUCAAUGAUGUGGCUGGCUCUCUCUCGUUUGAGACUCUUCAGAAUGCUGCCGAUCAAUACACAGCCCUUGGAUUCUACGCUGGUGCAAUCAGCCUGGCUCUUCAUGUCGCUUCUGAAUCCGACCGUGGGAACAGAGCAUUGGCAUGGGUCAAUGAGAAGAAGCCUGCCAAUGAUGCUCGCAUUCCUCUCUACAACUUCCGCAAGCAAUGCUACAAUCUCGUCCACCAGGUCAUAAUGGCCGUCGAUGCUGCUACCAGCGCAGAGCCGGAUGUGAUCGACGGUCGACCCACUCUUGCUGCAACAAAACGAAGCGAAGCUCAUGAUGUCGUCAACAACUCAGAUGAUGAACUCUUCCAAUUCGGCUUAUACGAGUGGUACCUCAGCCAAGGCUGGGAAGCAAUGCUUCUUGCUGUCAAUUCGCAAUUUGUGAUUGAAUUCCUUACUCGAUCAGCCACCACCGAUGUCGAGAGAGCUGAUCUGUUAUGGAGAUACUACACCCACCGCGACAGUUUCUACGAGGCAGCAGUUGUUCAACUCGAUUUGGCUAAGAGCGAAUUCGCUAUCCCUCUGGCGAAGAGAGUCGAAUAUCUCAGCAGAGCAAAGGCAAACGCUUCGGCGCAAAGCCAAGGCAUUGGCAGACAGGCACGCCAGGUUCUGUUGUAUGAAGUCACAGAACUCCUUGAUGUCGCCAACAUUCAAGAUGAGCUGCUGCACAGACUGAGUGCCGAUGAGCGUGUUCCAGCAGAACGAAAGGUGACGGUGGUCCAGGCGCUCGAUGGACAGAUCUUGAACUUGACGGAUCUCUACAACGAAUACGCUGACCAAGCAUCCUACUUCGACAUCUGCCUCACCAUCUACGAAGCCGCCUCGCACCGCAAUGAAGCAGACAUCAGCGCCACCUGGCAAUCCCUCAUCGAUGCCACACAUCAGAAAGCCCUCAACAACAACGGCACCCAACAACCCUAUGAGGCAAUCGUUAACGUGAUGCGUGACAUGGCGCACCGCCUCUCCCUCUCCGAAACCACAUUCUCGCCCGCCCUCCUUAUCCCCAUGAUCGAGCAAUACGCCAUUGAAUACCAGAACAACGUCGGCCCACGCACCUGGGUCGAGGACCUCUUCAUCUCUGUUGGCUUCCCCUUCGAAUCCAUUGUCGCCAACAUCCAAAGCAUGUGGUAUCACAAUGUUGCUCCUUUCACUGGAAUUCGGAAACAAGUCCUGGCGAAACACAUCAUUUAUGUGCUGGGCCAGUGGUACGAGGAGUGUAUCCGCAGUAACACGCGCCUGUUUGGCAGUGAUGAGAAUGCGGAUGAUGUUAAUCAGUUGCUGGAGCUGUUGGGGAGUGAGCCGCUGGGCGCACAGGAUACGGAUGCGUUGAAUACGCUGAAGAGGAAGAUUCUUAGGGCUUGGAGUUAAGCGGCCUUCAUAAUGAAUCUGUGUGUGCAUUGGAAAGACAAACGGAAGGAAGAGUGAUUCAAGCAUGGCUGGCGUUUGGGAUGGAAGAGUGUCAUCUCUGCGGCGCGCGAGCAUCGUGAGCCUUUUUUGAUUGAAGGAAGGAAAGACAGAUGCGUAUAUUUGAGAGUUGGUUGAUGAUUUUGUGAAGCAGCAGAGGGCAGAUACAUGGAAAUGAAGAGAUGAAUGAAUUGAAAAGCAAGCGCGUUGCGGGAAGAUUCUUGCACAUACUGUACUUUAGAGCCAACUGCUCUCCCUUUGAUACCAAAUUUGAUUGAUUGAUGAAA